AUGCAGCGUAAUAACCACACUUUCCUCGCUGGCCUUUGUGGACAGGCUGAGCGCUACGAGGAUAUGGUCCCCCACCUGAAGGCAGUGGUCAAUAUAGGUGGUGAGCUCAGUGUCAAUGAGCGGAACCUCCUCGCCAUUGCUUAUAAGAACGUGGUCGACACCCGCCGUGCCAGCUGGCGCAUUAUAUACUCGAUCGAGCAAAAGCAGUCAAGGGGUAAUGAGAAAUAUAUUGCUACUAUCCGUGGAUACCGCAUUAAGAUCGAGAAUGAGCUCGAGACGGUUUGCCAGGACGUCUUGGAUCUGCUAGACAGGAGCUUGAUCCCCAAUACCGGUAGUGACGAGUCGAAGGCGUUCUAUUACAAGAUGUCAGCCUACUUUACUGGCCUCCCGUUCCCAAAGGCACCUGGGCUGACUCGUCAUCUUUUUAGGAAGGGCGACUAUAGCCGUUACCUGGCCGAGUUCGCGUCGGGUGAAAAGCGCAAUUUUGCAAUUACCUCUGCCUAUAAGGCCUACAAGAUUGCUGUCGAUAUUGCUCAGACCGAGCUCACGGCCACUCACCCGUUGCGGCUGGGCUUGGCUCUCAACUUCUCAGUCUUUUACUACGAAAUUCUGAACUCAUGGGAUGGUGCCCGGUAUCUUGCGAAGCAUGCUUUGGAUAAUGGCAUUGCCGAGCUCGACGCCCUGACCGAGGAGUCUAAUAGUGGCAGCAUCCUGAUUAUGCACCUCCUCUGUGCUAACUUGACUUUUUGGAUGUCUUCAGACAGUGGAAAGCUGGAGCCCCCCUCAAGCUGA